AUGAGCUCCAUUGAGUUGGUGGGGGAACAACAAGUUCUCAGGAAGCCAAUGACUGCAAAAAACCUUGCUCGCGGGGUCAGGUCGAACGAAAUUUUCCAAUCCAUUUAUUCAUUCACCAUGUACGAUAUCACCAUACUCGCUGAUAUUUCACUUGUGCCAUGA